AUGGCAGAAAAAGAGACCCCAAAUCCCGAGAAUACACCGCAUCUGGACACAAUGGUGACAAUGCCAUCGUCCAACGUCCACAAUCAACCAACACAGAAAGAUGAGCUUACACCCCAUGAUCACGAGCGUGCAGCAGCAGAAGAAAAAGAGGCCUGGAUUGUAAAAUUUGAGGAAGUCGACACCGAAAACCCCAAAAACUUUAAAACCUGGUACAAAAUCUUUCUCACCUUUCAAAUGAGCAUGCUAGCUUUCGCCGGCUCUCUUGGCUCCUCUAUUGUCUCUCCAGGUCAAUCUGAUAUCGGAGACGACUUCCAUGUCAGCGAUGAAGUUGCUUCAUUAACUCUUUCGCUUUUUGUCUUGGGCUGGGCCUUCGGACCCAUGUUCUGGGCCCCCAUUAGCGAAACCUACGGCCGCAAAAUGGCCAUGCUCCCCGCUGUCUUCGUGUACGGCCUCUUCAGCAUUGGCAGCGCAACGAGCAGAAAUAUCACUAGUCUGCUGGUCACUAGAUUUAUUGCUGGCAUAUUCGCCUCUGCGCCUAUCAGUAACGUGCCCGCCGCCCUCGGCGACAUUUUCGCGCCCCGGACGCGCGGGACGGCGAUGACUUUUGUCUCGCUUUGUAUUGUUGGAGGACCGACUAUGGGACCCAUCAUCGGCUCCGCGCUGGAGGUGAAUCCGCAUUUGAGGUGGCGCUGGACGGAAUACCUCGAGGCAAUAUUCAUCUUCACCAUCUUUGCUCUAGCACUACUCACUUUACCAGAGACGUAUGCACCUGUCAUUCUCGUUCGGAAAGCGAAAAGGCUACGCAAAGAGAAGCAAGACGAGAGAUACUGGCAUCCACAUGAAAAGGAACGAAUCGAUAUCAAAAAUGUCCUUUCGAAGCACAUUAGCCGUCCUAUUCGAAUGUUCUUCACCGAGCCCAUACUCAUGUUCAUCGCCCUAUACGCCUCCUUUGUCUACGGAAUCGUCUACUUCACCCUCGAAGCUUUCCCCAUCGUCUUCCAUGAACAGCGCGGUUAUCCGCUUGUAGUUUCCACAUUACCAUUCCUAGGUGUGCUCGUGGGUGUCUUGAGCGCCUUGCUGGUGAAUCUGGGUAACCAGCCUAGAUAUGCGCGAGCCCUGGAAAGGAAUAAUGGAAAUCCAGUCCCCGAAGCGCGUCUACCGCCGCUGUUUAUUGGUGGUGUAUGUCUUGUCGUAGGUCUGUUCUGGUUUGGAUGGACUGCUGCGCCGCGGUUUUCGUGGGUUUUGCCUGUUGCUGCGGGAGCAUUCAUAGGCGCAGGCUUCAACAUCAUCUUCCAGCAAUGCCUCAACUUCCUCGUCGACACCUACGGUCCCUUCGCCGCCAGCGCGGUGUCGGCAAACACAAUGCUACGCUCUCUCGUGGCCUGCGGGCUUCCGCUCGCUGUUCGACCUAUGUUUAAUAAUCUGGGUGUUGGCCCUGGUUGCAGUCUGUUGGGCGGCAUCGCAGUGUUAGCGCUGCCGGUGCCGUGGCUGCUCACUAGAUAUGCUGCUGUGCUCAGGACGAAAGGGUCAAAAGCAUAA